AUAAACGUCAAUUUCAGUUGAGAAUAGUUUUUUUUACUGUUCAUUAACGAAAAUUAAUCUUUACAUCAGUUUGUGGUAGACAAUAAGGUAGAGGCUGGCUCAUUGGAUGUGAUCACCUACGUUUGAGGAAAUUCACCUCCUCUAAGUUCAUAAUUAUAUGCAAAAUGUGAUCUACUGCAAAUGUAACAUCAUUAUUCGAGGAUCUGGCAAUGGUCAUCCAAAUAAAAAAUAUUAUUGAUAGAACUCCUACGUUCACAAUGAUUGAGUUUUGUGGUGUAGCCUAUAGUGAAACCAUUGAAUGCUCAUAACUUUUUACCUCAGCCGAAUUUGGAAAAAAGGAAUUCUGUUUUUAUUAUGAUUCAUCGGACGGAGAAUUGAAUUGAUAAUCAGAGUAUCGAAGAAGACGGACGACAACAACAUGCAGCACACUUCGGGAUCGCCGCAGCAGUUCUGCUUGAGAUGGAACAAUUACCAGUCGAAUCUGACGAACGUGUUCGAUCAGCUUCUGCAGAGUGAGUCUUUCGUCGAUGUCACCUUGGCUUGCGAUGGACACUCGAUGAAAUGCCACAAGAUGGUCUUGUCCGCUUGUAGCCCUUACUUCCAGUCGUUGUUUUUCGAGAAUCCCUGCCAGCAUCCGAUCGUGAUUAUGAGGGAUAUCAAGUGGCCCGAGCUCAAGGCGGCCGUCGAGUUUAUGUACAAGGGCGAGAUCAACGUUUCGCAGGAACAGAUCGGACCUUUGCUCCGGGUUGCGGAGUCCCUCAAAAUCAGAGGAUUGGCCGAUGUAAACGGCGAGCAGGAUACGGUGACGACGGCCGCUGGCGAGAUAACCACGAAGCCGUCGCCGAUAAAGCAGCUGUCGACGACGUCCAUCCCGAUGACGCCUAAUUCGAACAGCGGGAUGGACUGGGAUGCUGCCGGGAACAGUCAUCCUGCGAAGAAGCGUCGCCGUUCCGGCGAAAGGAGCAGCAUCAGCAGUCCUGGCGAGAGCGCGGCUAGCACCACGGCGGAGAUACCUGAUCCUCCGCUGUCGGUGGAGAUGUCGCCCGCGCCUUCGGCCACCCCCUUGCCUCCCUCGAGCUCCGCGGAGCCUCUCUCGUUGAAUUUACCCUUGCCGUCGCACGUGCCGCACAUGCCUUCGACUGACGAUAUGGAGAUCAAACCUGGUAUUGCAGAGAUGAUACGCGAGGAAGAACGGGCUAAGCUUUUGGAAUCUUCUCAUGCUUGGCUCGGAGCUUCCACUUCUUCGAUAGCCGCAGAUAGCUAUCAGUACCAACUGCAAUCCAUGUGGCAGAAAUGCUGGAACACAAAUCAGAGCCUUGUUCACCACUUGCGCUUCAGAGAAAGAGGACCGCUGAAGUCUUGGAGACCGGAGACUAUGGCUGAAGCAAUAUUCUCGGUAUUGAAGGAAGGUUUAUCGCUUUCUCAAGCCGCAAGAAAAUAUGACAUUCCUUAUCCAACCUUUGUCCUCUACGCCAACCGAGUUCACAAUAUGUUAGGACCCUCUGCAGAUGGUGGAUCAGGUAAUCUCAGACCUAAAGGUCGAGGACGACCACAGCGUAUCCUCUUAGGAAUAUGGCCGGAUGAACACAUAAGGGGUGUUAUAAGGGCAGUUGUUUUCAGAGACUCUCAUCAUAUCAAGGAGGAACAACAAAUUCAUUACCCCAGAAUCCAUGAUUCCGUCAGUAAUGUUAAUACGUCUAGCGUGAAUACCGCUGGAGCAACAGCUAAUAUCCAAAACUUCUCCAACUCAUCCUGUAACGAUGGUUCGGAUCCUAACGUAUCUCCAGCCGCUGCAGCUGCUGCUGUAGCAGCAGUAGCCCAAGGUCUACGACAGCAAAUGUGCAGUAUGGUAGCAGCAGCUAACCAUAGUUCUGCCCACGAAACCAAUCCCGUGGCGAGUUUGGUGAACUCGCUCGCUUUCGGUAACGCCUGUAACAAUAUGCAGAACAACGGUUCACUUCCAAUGGGCAUGAUGCCCUCAAUGAGUCACAUUACUUCUUUGCGGAGUAUAAGUAGUCCUGCAGGAUGCAUACAGGACCUCAGGAUAAGUCCUUCAGAAUCCGCUCUUGAAAGUCCAAUAUCUUCCCCACUAGGCCUAUCAGUUCCCAGUUCUAUGGAACAGACCAUGAACCUAUCCCUGUCCCACAACAUGAACACUACUAGUGCUGCGGGUGUGACGGGUAUGACGUAUAAAUCAUCUAGGCCGUACUCGUCUCCGAGACCUGAAAACCUCUUCCAAGAAGAUAUAAAUGAUCUGGUAAAACCAAUCAAUUCUUCCACCCCUAACUCGAGAGAGUCCAUGCCUAUCAAACUGGAACCAAUGACAGAAUGUCGAGGCGAAUGAGAGAGUACCAUGAUCGAGUACAAUGUGAUAAAUUCUCAUUAGUUAAAGCAGUUGAUUGUAAAAUAAGGCACAUUUAAUUCUUCCUAGCUUUACAGCAGCAUCAAAACAAAAAAAGAAAAAACCAGGUGUUAAAGGAAAUGAGUUCUACAAACUUUUAUAGUUGCUUCCGUGUAAUAGAACAAAAAAUUCACUAAAAUUGACAAUCCAAACAUAUUUUACCACAAAAUUUAUGAAAAUAAUCCAUUAUGAAAUCGAAAAUUAUGAAGAGGUAUAAAUUUCCUUACACCCUAUUUUCUUUUUUUGUUGUGGUGGUUGUUAAUAUGGAAAAAUUAUUGUUUCUUAACUUGAAAAAUUUUAUUAUUGGACUAUUUUGUAUAAAUUUAUUGAAAAUUAAGCCAAAGUUUCGGCCAGUUUAUUAAAAGACUGUUAUAUAUGUAUACUGUUCUCUGAAAUUCAAAAUUGAAAUGGAUUUUUCACGUUAAAAUGUACUUUUGGAAAAAAUGAUAUGUUUAAUGACAUUCCCACAUUCGCUUAUCGACAAUCUGCCUCGGAUAGAAUCUAUACAAUUUAAUGAGAGUGGUCCUUAAUUUUUUUAUGCUUGGAUCUUGUAUAAUUGACUAUUUAUUCUACAGUUUGUACAUAUUCUACCUUCCAAAUCCUUGCUCUUUCGUUGAAUAUAAUUAUUGAGAAUCUAGCAUUUGGAACUGCAUAUUAAUAUAAUUACAUUUCCAUAUACAUAAAUCUCUUUGUGUUAUAAAAAUUGAAUCAAAAAGUUAGAAAAAAAAUCAUAAAUAUUUCAAAUGAAAACAUUAUACAAACUGUAGAAUGCUGUUUAAAAUAUUAGUGUCCUGAGAUGGAAAUUUUUUUUCAGAUCAUUCCAAAAAAAUUCAGUUGAAUAUGAUAUUACUAUCAUUUUUCAUUACCUUGAUCUAAUUUUCCAUUGAAAAUACACAAAUAUGUAACCACUCUUUUUUUUGUGCAAUAAUGUUUUCCUUCUCAUUCUGUUUGUUAUAUGGUCAGUGAUUAUCAGUAUUUCAUAGGUCAACUGGUCUUCUUUAUUUAUUUAUUUAUGUAUAAAUAAUAAUGUGUACAAUAUGAAUAAAAUACAUAGAUUUAUAAGUUAGUUAUGCCAUGAAGCUGAGUUGAUAUGAACUCGAUAUUAUAUUCUAAUUUAACUGAUGAUAAAGAAUAAUCAAAAAUUAUUUCACCACAUUCUCCUGAAAUCUGCAAAUGUGCAAUCAUUUUGAUCAUAUAUUUCAAUUCUUCUCUUUGAUAUAUUUUUAUAGAAAAAAAGUAUUUUAUUUUUGAAUUAUGUAGCUGAAUUGUUUUUUAUUUUUGAACUUCAGCGUUUUUUGAUAUGGAUUUUUUUAAUUCAAUAAUUAUUUGAAUUUAUCAUUAUAUCUUAAAUGAAACUUUUAUUUACCAUAUUUUUUUAUAUAAAGGAACUUGUAGAGGCUUCCAUUUAUGUAUAUGUACUAUUCAAGUGGGAUUCUUGAUAGUUAUAUAAUUGAAAAAUAUGAUCAAAUAUAUUGCUAAUAUAGUUUUAGUUGGUAUUAAACCUAAUAGUACAGAAAUGCCAAACAAAUGUAAGUAUGUAUUAAUUAUCGAAAUACAAGUAGCUACAGUUAUUCAAAUAGUGAGUAUAAAUGUUGUGUAUGUAUCAGAAUUUAGUGCAACCUCAAAGAACAAUUAAGAUAGAUCCGUUGUUUACAUAAAAAUAGAACUAAAAACAGUUCCCUUAUGAAUCUUACAAGUAGCACAUAAUUUUACCAUACUGAACAUCAUUUAGGACAUAGUUAACAUAGAUUCUUCAAUUGUGUAGGACACCCACCAUAUCGAUAUUAAUUACGGUUUGAUAUUUUCAGAAGGCUUUCAAUAAAAAUAGCCUGAAAAAAAUAUCAGUUUCUCAGAAAUUCUUUUUUUAUUUUUUCAUCCUUAAAUUAUUAUUUAAUCAAUUAAAGUAAUUGUUAACGCAAUUUCAAAAAUACCUGACAACAAUGUACUUAUUGUGCUAAAUUAAUAAAUAAUAUUUCGUUGUAACUUUCAGAUCCCUAAAAUUUAAUUUUGGCCUGCAUAAUUGAUGAACUGUUGAGAGUAAGACAUUAAAAAUUAUCCUUUUUAUUCUUCGUCUUUCAACAAUUAUUAUGUUCAAUAUUAGUGAAGAUUCAGUUUCUUUUGUAAAUUUAUCAUUUCAUAUAAUCUUCUAGAUGAACCCAAUGAGCCAAGAAAGAUAUUUUUGUGAUUUGUUUAGAUUAUAGAAUAAUAAUGUACAAAAUUUAUAUCUUGUGAAUGUAAAAGAAAUCACCAUUAUUGAAAAAAAAAAAAGUAAAUGGAAUUAUAUUGCCUUCCUGCCAUUUAUGGGUCUACCAGAUUGUUUGACUUCAUGAAUGUUGAGACGUGAUAGAUAUUUUUCAAAAGUGGCCUUCGAACUUUUAUUAUUUCAUGUUAUUUUUGUAUAUUUGGGAAAAUUUAUCUCGAAAAUUCUAUUCUUUUUCUUUGGUGAUUCAGUUAAAACCAAAAAUUUAUACCAAUAUUAUGCAAUAUUUAAAAGCGAAUGAAUCAGUUGUGAAAUGAAAUCUAUUUAUAAAA